AUGAAUAGAAGGAAACAAAUCCAGAAACAACAAGUUGUUAUACCGAAAGGGUUUAUUCUCCCGGGGGAGGCAGCGGUCAUCGAGAUCCCUAGAAGGUUCGAGAAGUCGCCGGUGGUUGUGGUGAAGCGACGAGACAAUGAAUUCGCGCAUGCUCGUGCCUCUAGUUAUUUUAUUAGAGCACCUGAAGACGUCCAGGAUCCUUAUGCGGCACAAACAGUGCCAAAGGUUGCAUUUUCUCCGAAGCAACCACACACGCGACAAGAAAUUUUAAACCACUUGGACAGAACUCAGGGAGGACCUGAAGCUCCGCCUGGACCCAUGUAUUAUGGGCCACCUCCGGUGGUACCGCAGCCUAAUUAUGGACGUCCUCAAUCAGGAUUGAACUUGCCACCUCAGCCACAAUAUAUGCCGCAACCCGGUUUUGCAGCCCCUCCAGGAGGAAUGAAUUUGCCUGCUCAGUCCCCAAUGCCCCAAUCUCCCUUUGUACCUACUCAAUCCCCAGUUAAUGUACCUCCUCAACAACAGGUAACUACGCAGCCUAUGUAUGGAGCUACUCCUCAAGUUCCCUUUCAGCCACAGAUACUUCCUGAACCUAGCUAUGGAGUUAUGCAAGCAGGAAGCGUUCCUCAACAGCAGCUGCCACAGGUGCCAUCGUCCUAUCUUCAGUACAACGUAUGUCCAGGACGCCAGACUGAGACACUUUUUAUGCAACCGCCUACGUUCUACACACCUCAAAUGUACCAACCAGAGUGUUCAGUAAAUCUCGCGUCCCAAGAAAAAAUGGAAAAAAGCGCAUUUACGAAAAGCCUAGAAGAAUACCAAAGAGCGCGCCGAAAUUUUCUGGCAAACACGAAAUCUCUGACGACGAAAGCAUCGAAAACAUCUACCUCGAGUUGUGAUAGUUGUUACUAAUAGCUUUAUUGUACGAAAACUCAACUACAAAAAAAGUUUAUAAGAA